AUGACAUCAGUACGCCGAUUAAGUCAAACCGGAUUCCUACAUAGGUUUGAAGGCCAUGAUUUCUGGUGCAUAACUGUGAGAAUAGCUUACACUCAUAUCAGGAGGUUGGAGACGCUCACUGACUUUUUGUACAGAAGUCCCCUACACGUUCGUCCAUUACUGAGAUCAAAGCCUAUUCACAAGAGUUCGGAAAUUUUGAUCGUAGCUGAAACGGAGCACUUCCAUCGGUUCGGAUACAGUUACAUGUUUUCAUGGUUAGUGGUGGCGCAUGAUAUAGCUGGGUACGUUCAGUUGAGAAAGCGGUGCAUGGGAAACCGGCAGAGCGGUUACGCGAAACGAACAGCCGCUGGUGCUGACGCGCCAGAAAUUGUGGACGGCUCAAAUUAUUCUUCGCUCGACUCCAAGACUGGCAGCUCUACCUCAGAUCUCAGUACCUUCGAUACUUCACUCGAUGAAGGUGUAAUGGAAACAGGGGUAUGCAGUACAAGUUCUGAGGAAGAAUAUGGUGACCACGAAAUGUCUGAUGUAGAUGAAGUACAGAAGGUUGUUGCUGAGCACAACUCUGCGGCACUGAGGAUGGAGUUCAACAAUCUUGAGGAAGGAUGGGAUUCCGAAUUCUCAACUGUGUCACCAAGUGAAAUGACUACAACGGAUCAAUCAGCACUACCCUCUCCUCUCACGAAUCAAUCCACACCCUUCCGACUUCCUGUUGAAAAAGCAUCUAAAGCCACUACAGAAUGUCCAGAGACAACCAGCUCAAACGCUGCCGAAAGUACGUGCUCAUCAUCAUCAUCGUCUCUCAACUCCAUGGACACAUGGUAUGGACUACCGAGUCUUAUCGAGACAUCAAUAAAAAGCCGCCUUGAGGCAUUUGCAAAACCAGGACUGGACGAUGAAUUAUGGAUUGCAAAGACACACAGCUACUUUGACAACGAAGCGACAUACAAGCAUAAGCCAAAGAAAGCCGCAUUGGGAAGGCGCCUCCGAAUAGGUGCUCUGCAGAAGAAAAGUUGGACGUCAAUGAUGCGAGAGAUGGCCCUACGCCAUCCACUUCCCGUGAAUCCAGCUCCUUUCCCGCUAUCAAAAGCGAUGGAUGAUUUGAAACUAAGACCUGAAAAACGAUUUGUUAUCCAAGCAAACUAG